AUGAAGUUCACAUUUGCAUUGUUGAGUGCUCUAGCUCUUGCUGUUACCGAAGCUUCCGCUGAGGGAUCUUUGGGUUUCAACUUGGGUGUUAAGAAUAAUGAUGGCACUUGUAUGAGUACCGAGCAAUUCGAGACUGCCUUAGAUACCCUUUCACCUUAUGCCAGUGUUGUCAAGACUUAUUCUGUCUCUGACUGCAACACUUUGCAGAAUUUGGGACCUGCUUUGGAAGCAAAGGGUUUCAAAAUUGCCUUAGGUAUUUGGCCAACUCCUGAUAGCAAGUUCAGUAGUGAGAAGGAGGCACUUCAAAGCUACCUUCCAAAGAUUUCAAAGAGUACUGUCCAGGCUUUCUUGGUUGGAUCAGAGGCUCUUUACAGAGGUGAUUUGACCGCUGACCAGUUAUCUAGUGAUAUCCAGGAGAUCAAGUCCCUUCUUUCCGACAUCAAGGACAAGAAUGGUGAUUCAUAUGGUGAUGUUCCUGUGGGAACUGUUGAUUCUUGGAAUGUUCUUGUUGAUGGAGGAAACGCUGACGUUAUCAAGGAAGCGGAUGUUGUCUACGCUAAUGCAUUCUCUUACUGGCAAUCACAGGCCAUGGACAAUGCCUCUUUCUCUUUCUUCGACGAUAUCAUGCAAGCUAUGCAAGCAAUUCAGACUGUUAAGGGAACUACUGAUAUCAACUUCUGGGUUGGUGAGACUGGCUGGCCUACCGAGGGUUCUAACUAUGGUGCUGCCGUCCCAAGUGUCAGCAAUGCUAAGCAAUUCUGGAAGGAAGGUAUUUGUGCUAUGAGAGGAUGGGGUGUUAACACAUUCGUCUUUGAAGCAUUUGAUGAAGCAUGGAAGCCAGAGACUUCAGGUUCAUCUGUCGAACCUCAUUGGGGUGUCUUUGAUGAGAAUUCAAACAAGAAGUACGACUUAAGCUGUGAUUUCUCGUGA